ACCAGAGGUGUCGCGGCCGCCGCACCGUGAGGGAUCGGCCGGAGUUGCUGUGGCCUCUCUUGUCCCUCCCCGCCCCCGUCGAAUCCCACAGCCCGCCGGUUAUCGCGACAGCCCUCCGCCGCAUCGCAAUUAACUCCGGCGGAAAAGCCCCGCUGUGCUUCCGGCGCUGUUCGGGGCGUGUCUGGCCGCGGCGCCACCCGCGUUCUAUGGUCCGCGGCGCUCCCAGGGUCCCCCGCGCCGCGGCCGGUAGCCGGGAGGAGCGCGGCGGCGGGCGCUGGCCUGUCCGGGGCCUGUCUUGCCCCGGGGCUGCGCCUGCCCGCGGCCGCCAUGGAGCUGGAGGUGCCUGAGGAGGCGGAGGGCUCGGCCGCGGCGAGUGCCGGUGCCAUCACUCCGGAGGCCGGCGUAGGGGGACCGGACGCGUCAGGAGGUCUGGGCCCAAAGAAGACAGCCAUCACUGAGGGCCCCUCACUGCCAGGACAGCCAGGCCAAGGAAAGAGGAUUGGUCAUCGAAGUGUGGAUGCUUCUGGGGAAACCACCUACAAAAAGACCACCUCAUCCACUCUGAAGGGGGCCAUCCAGCUGGGGAUUGGAUAUACUGUGGGAAAUCUGAGCUCCAAACCAGAGAGGGAUGUCCUGAUGCAGGACUUCUACGUGGUGGAGAGCAUUUUUUUCCCAAGCGAGGGCAGUAACCUCACCCCAGCUCACCACUACGCCGACUUCAGGUUCAAGACCUACGCCCCCGUGGCUUUCCGCUACUUCCGAGAGCUCUUUGGGAUUCGUCCAGAUGAUUAUUUGUAUUCGUUAUGUAACGAGCCUCUGAUCGAGCUGUCCAACCCUGGCGCCAGCGGCUCCCUCUUCUAUGUCACCAGUGACGAUGAAUUCAUCAUCAAAACUGUGAUGCACAAGGAGGCUGAAUUCCUGCAGAAGCUCCUUCCUGGAUACUACAUGAAUCUGAACCAGAACCCCCGGACUCUGCUGCCCAAGUUUUAUGGACUGUACUGUGUGCAGUCCGGGGGCAAAAACAUCCGCGUGGUGGUGAUGAACAACAUCCUGCCUCGAGUGGUGAAAAUGCACCUGAAAUUUGACCUCAAGGGUUCGACCUACAAACGCCGGGCAUCCAAGAAGGAAAAAGAAAAGUCCAGCCCUACGUACAAGGAUCUGGACUUCAUCCAAGACAUGCCUGAGGGCCUGAUGCUGGAUGCAGACACCUUCAGUGCUUUGGUGAAGACGUUGCAGCGAGACUGUCUGGUAUUGGAAAGCUUUAAAAUCAUGGACUACAGCCUCCUGCUUGGGGUUCAUAACAUAGACCAGCACGAGCGGGAGCAGCUGUCGGAGGGAGCCCACAGCACGUCGGAUGAGAAGCGUCCCGUGGGGCAGAAGGCCCUGUACUCCACAGCCAUGGAGUCCAUCCAGGGAGGGGCUGCCCGCGGCGAGGCCAUCGACACCGACGACACGAUGGGAGGGAUCCCAGCAGUGAACGGCAAAGGAGAGCGUCUCCUGCUGCACGUGGGAAUCAUAGAUAUCCUGCAGUCAUACAGGUUCAUCAAGAAGUUAGAGCACACCUGGAAGGCCCUUGUCCAUGAUGGGGACACGGUGUCAGUACACAGACCCAGCUUUUAUGCAGAGAGAUUCUUCAAAUUCAUGACCAACACGGUGUUUCGAAAGAACUCCUCUCUGAAGUCGUCCCCUUCCAAGAAAGGGCGCAGUGCCUUGCUGGCCGUGAAGACGGCGGGUCCCACGGCCGCGUUCUCAGCCAGCCAGCUGGCCUCCGACAAGGACGACACCCAGUACGACCUGCGGGCGGCCAGGAGCUACCCCACGCUGGACGAUGAAGGUGCUAAACCUAACCAGGACAGGGAAGAAGCAGGCAGGCCAGACCUGCUCCCUUGCACUCCUCCUUCCUUUGAAGAAGCUACCACGGCCUCCAUAGCCACGACACUAUCGUCAACAUCUCUGUCUGUUCCCGAGCGAUCCCCCUCGGAGACCUCUGAGCAGCCCAGGUACAGGAGGCGUACACACUCCUCAGGGCAGGAUGGCAGGUCACACGAGGAGGUGCGGGUCCAGGAGGAGGUUCAGCAAAUCAGUGUCGAGCUGGAGCCCAAGUGUGACGUUGAGAUUGUAGCUCCUGAAGAAGAAGAAGUCAAAGAAGAGGCAGCUUCUUCAGCCUGUGCCAUUGUCACAUCCACAGCCACCGUAGAGGUGGAGACAGCCAGCCAGGCCUCGGAGCCAGCCAGCCAGGCCUCGGAUGAAGACGACGUGCCAGUCACAGACAUUUACUUUGCUGCAUUAGGUGAUGCAGUGGGAGUCUAGUGCUGAGCCAGGGAGUAAGUUGGUGGUUGGCAGCAGAGUGCCGUGGAGCCUGGCGCUGGUCCUCACUCAGCUCCCACAAUGGCUGAGCAACUUCUGCAGACCAGAGAAGAGGUUUUUUAGCAACAUGUACCUGUCCCAUGGAUUCCCAGAGCACAGCUGAGUGCCUGUCCCGUGAGAGCUGAGCUCUCUCUUGUGCCUGGGCACUGGAACCCUCAUUAAAAGAGGUGCCCGGCUCCUCCCUGCUCGGACUUGUUGCUGUUAGUUCUGUGGUGCUGGAGACAACCUGAGCCCAUGCAAUGGGCUCCUUCAGGCUAAACUAAAAUGCAGCAUUGGCCUUCCCCUGGACUCUUGUGACUCUGCUGCAGAGCUGCUCACUCAUUGCCGAGUCGCUCUGAGGCUUGUGGGAGCUGUGGAAGGAAUCAGCCCUGUUUUACAGCUUGUUUGGGGUUGGAUGCAUGCUGUUCAAAAUGCAAACGGCUCCUCUAACACUGCCCCUUCCUUGCCUGUGGAUGGCAGCUGUGUGCAGGCAGAUCCUGCCUGCUCCCCUGGCAAGUGUCUUCUGGUGAGGGUCAGCUGCUCUUCCUCCCUGUCCCUGGGCAUAUGGACUGCCCCCAGCUUGAGGGGCACCUCUCUCCAAGAGAAAAUUCUGCAGAGUGUGUUCACAGAGAGUGUGACUGACUGCUCAUCAGCAUUUCAUACUUCAUCUGAGUCUGAGUUUUGCAUUAAAUGUGUGUCGUGUGCUGUGGAGUGUUUUUCACUGCUGGGAUGAAGGGAAAAGCUGAUUUGAGUUCCCAUGGGCACUCUCCUUGGAAAACCACUUGAGCUGGAGCUCAGGUGAGGCUGCACACGUGCGCUCAAGUAGCACCACAGCUGCUCCUGCAGGAGUGCUCAGGGGCAGUGGUGGGUGAAGGGAUGGUGUGUGCAGAGGAGGAUUUGCCCAGUCCCAGGAGGCUGUGGUCUGAUGACUGAAGUCUGCUCCUGGAGAGCUCUUCAUUCUCCUGUUUAUCCCCAGGGAAUAAAAGUGCAGAGUGUGGCAGGGCAUGGGCGCCGCUCUUCCCUGCACGGCUUUCCCACCUGCUCACCCGUUCAGGCCUGGAGUUGCCCAACCUCUUGUUUUUUGCUUUCUCUUUCAUCCUCUCUUUCACAUCACCCUUUUUUUCCUCUGUUUCCUUUCUCACCUCACUUGUCCUGGGGCCACUCAGUUCACAGAUGGGAGGUACUGGAUUUACUCUCCCCGCCAGCGCAGACUCCGAACUACCUCGCAUUCCUCUGGGAUUGUAAGUGACCACACCAGCACAGCAUGUAGGGGAGCAGAGCUGCAGCUUUGAAACACUGGGGCCAGCAUCCCAUUUCUCUCAAUGGCUGGGGCUCUGGAUUGAGUGGGCAUUAGGAACCAGCCCAGCAGAAAUGGGGGAAGCAUAUUGAAAUGACACCAGUGGAUCUCCUUGUAGGAUCUGAGAGAAUCAUGAGCUCUGUCCCUUUUCUGCAGAGUGGUGACACAGCUCCUACCCUGGCAUGGGCUGUAGUGUCACCCAGCCCUUGGAAAAACUGAGAGCAGUGAGGCCCUGGCACAGGGUACCCAGAGAACCUGUGGUUGCCCUCUCUGGAAAUGUCCAAGGUCAGACUGGAUGGGUUUGAAGCAGCCUGGGAUAGUGGAAGGUGUCCCUGCCCAUGGCAAGGGGGGAUGCUGGGUCAUCUUCCAUCCCAAACUGUUCUGUGAGACUUAGUACCAGAUCUGGCCAUAGAGGCACUGGGGCCUCCAUAGGUGAUGUCAGGCUCAGCUCCCUCAGCCCAGGAAGAGGGUUUUAAAGACACCAUUAAGAUAUUUUGAAGAUUCUAAAACUCCAGUAGCAAACAGAACUGUUUUAGCUUGUGGGGAGCAUCUCAUAAACCAAAUGAGACAGGAGCUGGUACUGAGUUAGGGCUGGUUUCAGCUCUCCAGCCCUUCUCAGUAUCACCAGUGUGCUCCCUCCUCACUUUCAGGGGUUCUGUGAGCAGGCAGGGUUUUCCUUUCCAAAAGAUGCAGGGAGGCAUUUGAGCUUUUAGGGGCUGAAUCUAGAGCUGAGAUUGUUCUGGGGUUUAGCAUUUAGCUUCUCAUGCUUUGGGAGAGCUGCUGUCCCCAGGGAGUGGUGGCAGCGCUGCUGGAGCCUCGCUGGUGCAGCCUGGUGCUCCCAUUUGGGGUACAGGCAGGGUGCAUGGGGAAGCAGGGGCAGGAAUGUGCCCCUGGCUGUUGCUGAUGGCAUGAGGAAGGUGCUGCUGGGCAAACGGGCAACUCCUCCUGCAGCCCCUCCUGUGCCUCAGCUGGGUUUGGCUGCUCUGGCACCAGGAGGGGUAAUGCCAAGCACUGGGUGCUCCUUUAUCUCCUGCAGCUCCCUGCAUGCAUCCAAGCUCCUAAAAGGCUCUGAAAGAGACUGGCUGGAGCAUAUGGUUCAGUCAGGAUGGAUGAACCAUCAUGGAUGAAAAAGAGGAUGUGGGAUAAGCUUGAUGUGGUGGGGAGGUUUCCUGUACCUCUGACAGAGCCCUGUGAGAAGCUCCAGACAGGGGCUUCUCAGCCUUCCUUCCUCCCAGCAGUCUCUGCUAAUGGAGCUGCAGUUACUGGGGGGUUCAGCAUGUGGAGCCCAGUGCUUCAAAGCUUCUCUGGCUUCUUUUAGUUCCUUGUACAUUGUAGGCUGUCAUGCUCAGUUCCUGGGCUGGGAACACUGCAGGCUUCUUCCAAACACCCAGUUCUGCACUACCUUCCUUUGCAGAUGCCAGGCUGGGUCAAAGGGGGCAGUCUCUUCUCUGUGGGAGCUCCUCUGGAGACAAAAGAGCCUGUUUGCAAUGUAAAUGGGGGCCCCCCUGGGAACACUGGCAGCAGAGACCAGCCCUUGAAUCUGUGCUGUGCAGGCAGCAGAGUGUGUCUUCUCACAGCAGUGCCCAGUGCUAUUAGAACUGUCCCUCAAGGCACACCUCCUUCCCCUCAUUCUUUCCAGGGUCCCGUUGUGUUUUGCCUCCUGUGUUGUACUUGUUCCCAUCACCCCACUGUCUCUAAAAUCCCAGCAAAAACUGUUUCCUUUCUGUGGCCACCAUCCUCCAUGGUCUCACCCCAGCUCCACUGCCUUCUGCAGAGAAGGAGAAAGGCACAACAAACAAAUCCAGUUUCCCAGGAAAAGCCCUCCUGGAUAUCAGUUUGUAGCAUGCACAGGGCUCUGGAAAUGGGAGGGUGAGAGCUGGUCACAGGUAGCAGGAGCCCAGAGCUGUCACUGCUCUUAGGUAAGUCACUUCCCAAAUCUCUCAGUUUCUCUGCAGCCAGGAUGAUGCCAUGGCCAGGAGCUGAGGUUUCCCUGACAUCUCAAAAGCUCUAAACUCUGUCCCUGUGAGAGGAGAGGGUGUGCCACCCCCACUGCAGCUGGCACAGAUCCCCUGUCCCAGUUGGCAGGGAGCCGGUGUGUGCUGAGGAUGAAGAGGGCUCCUCUGCUGAGAGCUGCCUCUGGGCUCAGUGCUCUCCCUCCAGGUGGACAGCUGUUCUUACUGUAUUGUU